AUGAUGGACCCUCGUGCAAGACAUGGGGCUCGGUCAGAGCGGGCAUUGGCGGGAUCUCUCAACUGUAUGCAGCGGCAAGGAGCGGGAUGGGGCGGCGGAGGCGGGGCGGGGCCGGUGUGGCGGUAUCGCGUACCGAGGCAACUCGGUCGGGUGCAUGGGGGCCGAGCAAGCGACGAGGAGGCCAACAGCCCCAGGAGGAGCCCUGCUGCAACAGGCGGCGAAACUAGCGACGGUUCGGGAAAAGGUCCUUCCCCGAGUCAAGCUCUCAAGGCGUUGGUGAAGAAGCUUCCGGAAGGCGCGGCUGCCGCAAAAGCGAAAAAGGAUCGUUCUAGCACGCCUCAAUCAGGGCAGGCCGAGGACGAGGGUUGGGUCGAUCUGGACUACGAGUGGGCCAACAUGCCGUUCACGGAGGCACUAGGGGGUGGGACAAACCCCCUCGAGUUCGUCUUGGACAUGCUCCCCGGCACGCGGCGGGGGAUCUCCGGCGAGGAACUGGACGACGCCUAUGCCAUGAUGCCCCACAUACAGGAAUCUCUGAUGGAGAAGACGGGGUGGGAGGGGACUGGGACGGGCUACGAAGACACCCCCGUGGGUUUCUACAGGGACACCAACCUGAAACCGUUGAACUGGAGGGACGCCAUGGUGUCCAUGAAGCCCGGGUCGGGCACGUUGGGGCUCGACCCUCACUUCGACGACACCUCCGGAAGCCCCGAGCAGGUAGAGAGACGUCGGGAGCGUGGCUUGCUCAAGGGCGUGGGAACUAGGUACAGGGGUCCCCCGCCGGGCACGCAUGGCCCUUGGCGAUGGGGACAGCUGGUCAAGGGCUCCGCGUUGGAGGAGAAGCUGAAGGCCGAGAUCGCGUCGUUCCCCCGCCGGCUUCCCAGGAGAGUGAGGCGUUACUACCACGACAAGGUGGCGUGGGUGACCGGAGCCGACCACGGUCUCGGAGAGCAGAUGGCGAUCAACCUCGCCGUCAACGGGGCUAGAGUUAUUUUGUCGGGCACGAGCUUGGAGGAGCUCGAGCGCGUGCAGCGGCUCUGCAUCCUGGCUUGGAUGAAGGCCGUCGACUGGGAACUCUUAGAUGCGAUUUUGGAAGGCUUGACUCGAUUAGACCGAGUCAUGAUCAUGCCUCUGGACGUGCGCGACACCUUCAUUCUCGACCACGCGACGAGGAAAGCCGAAGACAUGCUGGACCGCCCCGUCGGCAUGGUGUUCCACUGUCAGGGCGGCGGCGUUGUUGCUGGGGAGUGGGACGAGGAGGACGAAGAGGGGGAGGAAGAAGGAGAAGGGGAUUUGGAUCUCGAGGCGUCGGGGAACCUCCGGGGAGCUAUCUCGCUUACGAAGGCCGUGCUCCCGAGCAUGUUGGAUGAGCAGGAGGGACAUUUGGUAGUGCUGGGCGGAGAUGAUUUUUUCACGUCCCGUGAGGAAACGUCUUCUCCGGCGGGGGUCGUCUCGUCAAAGCACGCCGCCCGAGGCUACUUCGACCGUCUUCGAAGAGAGGUUUCGAGAGACGGCGUGAAGGUCACCACGCUGCUCCACCACAGUGGGUGCACGGGAAGUGCUUCGGCACUGCAAACACCUUCGAGUUUUGGAGGCGAUCCUGCCGCUUCAAGGGCCGCUAUCCGUACGGCAACAGCACCAGCUGGUCGAGCACAGGCGCCGAUAGAUACGGCUACCGCCGCGAGGAAAGCUUUGGUGGCGGUUUCUCGGGCUGAAACCGAGGUAUCCUUGCGUAGAAGAAGCUUGCCCGGGCUCACGGGCUUGGAGGCUCGGGUGCGCACGCUGCCGAGAAGGCUUAAGAGGCGCCGGAGUUGA